GGAACCACGGAGAUGGAAGAACCUGCUGAUAAGCUGUGGGCUGGCGGAGGGAGAGCAAGCGAGCGAGAGAGAGAGAGAGAGGGGAGGCACUCAUGGCUGACCAGAGAGAGAUGAAAGAGAAGAGCCGAUGGCGUAGGCCUUUAACCAUGUUCAUCACCGUCCUCAUCCCCUUGGGAAUCAUCGCGUUGGUGACAACAGCUGUGGUUCAGAACAGGUCCCAUGAGAAGUACAAGUAUGGAAUUGUGUUGGAUGCUGGCUCAUCCCAUACCGCUGUGUACAUCUACAAGUGGCCGGCAGAGAAAGAGAACAACACCGGAAUGGUGCAGCAGAAGCACGUGUGUAGCGUGAAAGGAAAAGGGAUCUCCAGCUACUCUGCCAGUGUGGAGAAGGCCGGAAUCUCCUUGAGGGAAUGCAUGGAGGAGGCCAAGGAGCAAAUCCCCGCCUGGAGGCAUCAGGAGACCCCCGUUUAUCUGGGAGCCACUGCAGGGAUGAGGUUACUGAGGAAGGCGAACGAGACCUCGUCCGACCAGGUCCUAUCUUCGGUGGAGGGCUUCCUGCAGAAAUACCCCUUCAUGUAUCAGGGUGCUCGUAUCAUCAGCGGCCAAGAGGAGGGAGCCUAUGGCUGGAUUACCGUCAACUACCUGAGCGAGAACUUCCACAAGGCAAGGCCCACCAUGGGAGCCCUAGACUUGGGAGGGGCCUCCACUCAGAUCACCUUCGUCUCCCGGCAGAGGGUGGAGGCGUCCGAUAACUCCAUCCAUUUCCGGCUGUACGGGAACGACUACGACGUCUACACCCACAGCUUCCUCUGCUACGGCAAGGACCAGGCUCUCAAACUGGCCCUGGCCAACCAGCUACAGCCAGGUGACACCCAGCUCCAUGACCCCUGCUUCCACCAAGGCUACAGCCUGAAUAAGACCUGGGACAGCGUAACCGGCAGUCCCUGCGUCUCCUCCCUGGGGCCGCUAUCCUCCUCUCGCCAAAGCUUCACCCUCCAGGGGACGGGUAACGCCACGCUCUGCCAGGGGGCCGUCAAGCGCAUCUUCAACUUCAGCCACUGCGAGUGGGGCCACUGCUCCUUCAAUGGAGUCUUCCAGCCCCCUGUGGAGGGAAAGUUUGGGGCCUUCUCUGCCUUCUACUAUGUGAUGAACUUUUUAAACCUGACGUCGGAAUCACUGGAACAGAGCAAGGAGAAGAUGGUGCAGUACUGUGCCAGGCCUUGGACUGAGAUAAAGGAGAGUUACCGUCACGUUAAAGAGAAAUACCUGGCAGAAUACUGCUUCUCUGGGACAUACAUUCUGACGCUGCUGGAGAGUGGAUACCGCUUCACCUCAGACAAAUGGAGUGAUAUAAAGUUCAUCGAAAAGAUUGGGGGCAGCGACGCUGGCUGGACAUUGGGCUACAUGCUGAAUCUCACGAACAUGAUCCCAGCGGAAGCCCGGGACACCCCACCUCUUCCCCACGCUGGCUAUGUCACCAUCAUGGUCCUGUUCAGCCUGCUUGUGACUGGGCUCCUACUGCUCGCGUGCAAGCUGUUCGGCCGGCCAGUCUGCUCUCACACAAAGCCGAUUAUCUGACACUCACUUGACAAUGAUGUGUCAUCUCUCUCAUUCUCUCUCUCUCUCUCUCUCUCUCUCUCUCAUUCUCUCUCUGUAUCUCUAUCUCUCUCUAAAACAAUUCAGAAACCCACCAAGGAUGAUAACCAUGAAGUUCAUAAUGAUGUCAUAUGACACAUCACUCUACAGAGAGUGAAUGGAUCUGGUUACAGACUGCAAUAGAGCAGAAGUGGGAAUUUACCUCAAGUGAAAAGUGCAUACACUGUUUGGUAACAGCCAGGUUUGUUUACCCAGUAAUUUAACCGUUAAACAGGAAGUUUAAUGUUGAAGGAAACCUUAACACCUGUGUUGAAGGAAAAACACACCAUUGGUAUGACUUGUAGUAAAUAAGAUGUAUGAUUGUGAUAAUACUAUUGCUAUCGUCCCAUCACGAAAUUGGCUAGUAUACUGCACAGGCCCGGACCCAGUACCUCAGUCUACCAGUACCCAUCAUACCAAUAUUUCACUUUGUGAUCAGAAUCAAGGCAUUGUUGAUCAAUAUUAAGUUAAAUCAGACUUUAAUGAGCACAGAGGACUCAAAGAGAGUCAAACUCCAUCCCACCUUCAGAGCACUAACAAAAAAGCAUAUGUACAAUGACUGGUGGUAAGUCAUGUCCAAAAGCUGAAUUUCAUUCCAGAACAUUUCUGUUUACUUAAUGUUUCCCUUUUAGUAAACAGAAGUAUCUCAGGAGCAGGCAUGAGCAGACAAUGAGACAGAUGUUUCAAGCAAUAUAAGUUAAAUUCAGAAAAAAUAAUUUUAAACUUCAAAAUACACAGCAGGUAUUAGAAAAUAUAAAUUAAUUUAUGUAAUUGUAUUGUAUGAUGUGCCUAUAUAAACCUUACAUGCAUAAAUAUGGCAGCAAAUAUUAUGUUUGUGAUAUAUCCCCCAUGUCAUAUAUUAGUAAUAUGGUCCCUUGUAUGUCUAUGUAAAAAAAUAUGUAUUUCUUAUUUUUCAUGUUGUGGGGUUUUUUUUAGUUUUUCUUUGUUAAUUCCCUUUUUAUUGUUUUAAAUGUUAGAUUCAGCACCGUUUCAUAACAUUACAAAUGUAUGAUUUCAGUGCAAUUGAUGAUUUACUGCAUCACCAGGGCAUAUGGCUACCACCAUAUUCUAUAGAUGGAAAGUUCAGAGGAAUCUUAAAUCGUUAUAAAGUUAUAGCGAUACAGGAACUAAUUCGCUACCAAAUGUAAUAGAAAUAAGGCUAGUGUUUGUACAAGUGCUGGAUCCGUCAACCACAAUCGCUUGUCAGUACCAAAUCAAAAUAAUCUGUUCAUCAAUUAUUGGCUCAAAUAUGAUGGCUCUUCCCAUUUUAUAAAAUGUUACCUUCACAUCACUGUUUUUUAUCCCUGUCACAGUCCACACAUGCAGCCUAUGUAUUUAACAGUAUUAUCACUCCCGGUGUGUACAUAUAUGUAAAUAAGCAAUGCCGUAAGUAAAAUUAUUGUUUUGGUGCACUGCAUUCCUCUCUUCAUCACAGGUUCUGAAUGGCCUGGUUAUUUUAGGCCAUGCCACAGGUUUUCUAACCAGGAAUUCCUAGGUUAUAGUCCCAACUGCGGCACUGCUGUUUGUACUGUUGCGUAAGGUGACAUAACUGAAUAGCUUCAGUAAAAGUCUUUCUGUAAAAAGCUGUAUUCUAAGCAAAUAAAAGUAUGAAAGUAUGAAAA